CCGUACUACUACCCCCAUCAGAGCUUCUUGACGGCGACGUUUCUAACUUAUCUUUUUCUUUCUCUCUCCUCUCUCCUCUCUCUCUCUCUCACUCUCUCACUCUGAUUCUCUUCUUAUCUCUCUCUCUCUCUCUCUCUCUCUCUCUCUCUGUAUGUAUUGUAUCUAACUGUGUAUUUGCGAGUCAAUCCCUUCCAUGUCCCUCCCAAAAACUACGCGUCCUUUCCAUAACCAGAAAACCCUAGCUCUCUUUCUCUCUUUAUCGCGACUGUUUUGGAGCUAAUUGAAGCGUGAAUUCGGUUCGACGGAUCUAGGUCUUGGAUCUUCUGGAUCGCUCGUAAUUAUACAUGGACGACGACGGAGGAGAGAAAUCCGAUCUAGGCCCCGAUUUCACAGCCGAGUCGAGCUGGACUCAGCUCGGAGGCGACGGCGGCUUCUUCUUCUCCUCCGGUGACAGGGAGAGCACCAUAUUAAGCGAGUUCGGGUGGAGUUUUCCAGCGGAGGAGGAUGAGGCCAGCCUCGGCGCCGCCCAGCACGACCGGUUUGGGAGCUUGGACGGGACGAACGCGGCCGCCUUCGCCAUGGAAGAGAGGUCAGAUUUGGCGGCGGAGUGUAGCGGCGGCGGAGCGGCUAGCGAUCCGGUCGGAUCUGCGUCGAAUAAUCCGUCGGUGUCUUCGAGCUCGAGCGAGGAUCCGCCGGAGAAGUCCACAAGCUCCGGCGGAAAACCGCCGCCGGAGGUUAUACCAAACAAGGUAAAAAAGAAAGGGCAGAAGCGAAUUCAGCAGCCACGAUUUGCUUUUAUGACGAAGAGCGAAGUUGAUCAUCUUGAGGAUGGCUACCGUUGGCGGAAAUAUGGACAGAAGGCUGUUAAAAAUAGUCCCUUUCCAAGGAGCUAUUAUCGCUGCACAAAUAGCAAAUGCAUUGUGAAGAAAAGGGUAGAGCGUUCUUCUGAAGAUCCCACCAUCGUCAUCACAACAUACGAAGGCCAACACUGUCAUCACACGGUAGGCUUCCCUAGAGGUGGAAUUAUCGCUCAUGAAACCGCCUUCCCUGGGCAGUUGCUGCCGCCUGACUCGAAGUUCUAUUAUCCGACGAUUCAUCCGUUGCCCAGAUCGGAAAAUGAUCAUACUCCCGUUACCAUGAUCCAGUCCAACCAAGUGCCUAGCGAAGCUGGAGACUCCCAUGUAGCAGUGCAAGAGAGUACAAGUACUCCAGUACAGGUUACGGAUGAGGGAUUGCUUGGAGAUAUUGUGCCUCAUGGAAUGCGUAGUAGGUGAUCAUAAGGUAAAAAGAGCAUUGCAUGCGGAUGAUCUCAAACAGUAAAUGUUUCACAUUUUUUUGACCAGCGACAACGUACCAUGUCUAUAAUAUUAUCUGAUCCGAUCCCCAAAUGGUGCUAGUUUCAAGAAUCGAGAAAACGGGCGAGGUCUUUGUCAACUGUCAAAGUACUGGAUAACACUUUUCCUGAUCCAUAUAAAUACAUAUGAUCAUCACUGAGUUUCCGUAUCUCAUGUAUAUUCAUGCGCAUGGCCUUAUCAGGUACUCAUCACAUGUGUGGUCCACUCCACCUUCACUCUCAUGAUCAUGAAUAUCAAAACUUUAAUUCAGAUUGCCAUUUUGAUAUUAUUCAUCCAUCCUCUAUGUCUAUAUAAGUAUAUCAUAUUGAGCUAGCUUAAUUAUCUCUAUUUCCUUCUAAUUUGCUUCACUACCAAGAAUAUUAUUGAUUAUAGGCAUCAUAUAUAUAAUAUCUUUGAAAGCUGCUUUGCAGUUCCUUUUUGAAGGUAGCUAGCUAGCCAGCGAGACAAUUAAUAUAUGU